AUGAUUGCGUUAAAAAGGUAGUAAUUUCGAGCAAAACAACGAUAAAUUGUUCUCAAUAAACUAUUUCAACAAAAUAGAAUGUCAUCUCUUCUAGUUUUCAAGUUGGAUAAGCUAGAAUAAAUUCUUACUCAACAACACUAUGAUUCAUUAGAAUAUUAAGUAAUUCUAAUAAUUUGAUUUAUUUUUAGGAAUCAAUUUAACAAAUUAUAAACAUGAGUCACAAUGUUAACUUAUCAUAAUUAUAUCAUUUAUUAGUAUAAAAUUUUAUAGAUACAAUCUAAUAUCAAAUGGAUGUUGGAUAUUAUGUUUUAAGUGUCUAAGUAUAUUUCAUAUGUUAUUUUGAUUUUAAUAGUUCUAAUUCAUUAGAUGGAAAUGGCCCAAUAGCCUAUCCUAAUUAAAUUGAUUCAAGAUAUAGGAAUUUAAUAAUUUUUGGCUUUUAAUGAUCCAAUGACUCUAUAAUUUCUAGAAUUAUUUUUAAUUCAAGUUCCAAAUUUAAACGAUAUAGAAGCAGAUUUAAUUUUCAAUGAACUUUAAAAAUGGUCAUAAUCAAUCAAUUUAACUUAUGUGAUUUCCGCAUUAAGUUGUCUAAAUUUACUCAUAAAAUCAAAAUAAGAAUUAUUAUCACCUGAUCUUUCAAUUUCCAUUCUUUAAUUACUUAAUACAGAAUAUAGUUAAUUAGCUUUUGAAAUUCUUUAAUUUUCUAAUUGGUAGUAUUUUCAUGAAGAAUAACUAAUUGUAGUUUGGGAUUAUAUUUGUAAAUAAUUACUCAAUUGCAAUAAUGAAGAAAUUUGUAUAUCUAUAUUAAAGUCUAUCACAAAAUACCAUUAUCCUUACUAAUUGAAAGAAAUCUGUCAAUAUUUAUCAAUGGCUAAUGAUUAUUAUUGUUUUAAAGUUAUUGAGAUGUUAUCUUAAACAUAAAUUAAUAGGAAUUUUGACCAGAUUACAUCAGAAUUAUUAGAUUAGAUAUGUUACAGAGUGAUCAAAAACUAAACUUUAGUACCCUUUUUGAAGUCAUUUCUAAUAAAAAAUGUAAUUUAUAGAUAUAUUUUAUUAGAAACUAUUAUAUGAGUCCUAUAACUUCCCCUUAUAAAUUGAAUAUUUAUUAUAAUGA